UUUUUUUUUUUAUGAGGAGCCAUCUCAAAGGAGUUAUUUUGUUUCAUUUUUGUGUGCUGCUGGUUCGGAUUUUGUUGAUGAGUUUUCUCUUGAAGGGGUUUUCUGAUUGCAUUCGUCGGGGUGGGAGUUUGGUUUCUGCAAAAUCCCUCGUGUUCCUUCUUCAAUCUCCUUCCCCUUUGAUUUGGUUUGCUGCUGUUUUGACGGAAUUUUGUUGUGGGUUGUACAUAAAUCUUGGAGUUGUCUGCCAAAAGGGAGUGAUUUGCUUUCGUCUUUUGGCUUCUGUUGCAUCGAUUCCUAAUUUUUCAAGUUGUUUUUCUCUCUCUUGUCUUUUUUUUUUUCUUUUUUGUCCCCCCUUAAUUUGUUAUAUUUCCAAUAGCUUAGAGAUUGUUCCCAUCCACACCUUUUGGUCGCAAUAAGCUACCGGGUUAAGAUUUAGCGCUGUUUGCAAGUCAAUUUUUGUGGGAAGAAAAGGGAAAUCAUGCAUUUCUAUGGUAAAUGGCUGCAUUUUCCCCAUCCAUCCUUUUCCGGUUCUUCUUGUAGAAUUCUAAUGGUGAUGGUGGUGGUGGUGAUUGUGAUAUCAAUUGCUUUCUCUUACAGUAAUGUUGCUUUCUUUACUACAACUUGUUGUUUCGAGUGUUGGCGCAUUCCACAUUGAGUUUUAGUGUUCAGAGCUCUUUGAGAGGGUGGUGUUGUGUCACCGGAGCGGCUAUUUUCUUAUGGAGCUGUUCUUUGAAGACACUGUUCCUGCCUCCCAUUUGUGUUAAUUCGUAUACCAACUAUUCGCAUGACCUUUUGAUUCUCCUCUCUGAUGUGUUCUGUGACAGAAUUCCACAGAUGGAGGUGGCCGACUUCACUAAGAUCGUGAUCCACAGAAUCCAAAAGCUUGAACCCGAGAAUGCUAUGAAGCUCAUUGGCUACCUUCUCUUGAAGUACACAGAUCAAGAAAUCAUGGAAUUUGCUUUUGGGCCUGACCAUCAGAUCCUUUCUCUGAUAAGUGAAGCCAAAGCAUAUCUUAAUUUGUCUCACAAGUCUAGCAUUUCUAGUCCUAUGCAGUCCCUCCUUGAUCAGCAGCUCCACCAUAUGUCAUCUUCUUCCCCGACCAUUCCACUUCCUUUCCCUUCGCCGUCCAACUUUCGCGGCCCUGCUCCACCGCUGGACCCUCAUCUACCAUCUGAUCAGAUGCCAAUUUCUCAUAAUUUAGGACUCCCACCUUCUUCAUAUGCUGAUCUGAUCGGAGGGCUUUAUGACCAAGCUGAACUCCUGAGCUUGAAGAGCCAGUUGCAUCAUUUCCAUAACAGCUACUUCCCCGAGGCUACGUUGGCCAGAGAUUUGGGUUUGAGGACCAACGUGAGGUUGCGCCCUGGGUGGUUGGAAUCUCUGCCCAGAGCUUGCCAUUACUAUUACAAGGGCUACUGUAAGAAUGGCUUCAACUGUCGGUUCUUCCACGGUCAGACCAUCCCCGAUGGUUUCUCUGCUAUACAUAAUCCAAAUAUGAAUGAGUCCGGUAAUGAUGAUCAUGUUUUUGCACCCGAGUCUCUUCGAAAGUUAGAAUUUGAGAUCGCAGAGCUCUUGAAAUCAAAGCAAGGGAUGCCUGUUUCUAUAGCCUCUUUGCCGACCAUGUAUCUUGAGAAGUAUGGUAAAAUGCUUCAGGCUGAUGGAUACCUAACAGAGAGCCAGCGUCAUGGGAAGGGUGGCCUCAGCUUGACAAGGUUGCUCAGCCGAUUGAAUAACAGUAUUCGGAUUAUUGACAGACCGCAUGGGCAGCAUUCGGUUGUCCUUGCAGAAGAUGCUCCCAAGUAUAUGGAGUACUGGAGUGAGAGAAACGAUCACGGAGCAGUAAUCGCUAGCUCCCAUCAGAUAUAUCUUACUUUCCCAGCUGAAAGCACAUUUACCGAGGAAGAUGUUUUUAAUUAUUUCAAUCAGUACGGUCCUGUGCAUGAUGUGAGGAUUCCACGGCAAGAGAAGCGUAUGUUUGGGUUCGUGAGUUUCCUCUAUCCAGAGACCGUGAAAAUAAUUUUGGCAAAAGGACAUCCCCAUUAUAUCUGUGGUGCACGGGUUCUGGUUAAGCCAUAUAAGGAAAAAUCAAAAUUCGCAGACAAAAAGUAUGCCGAGAAAAUGGGACCUCCUGUUUAUUUCCCUUCUCAAUGUUCUGCAACGGACCAGAACCCUGAUACAAUGCUCGGUAUAUCUGAAAGUGAUGGAUGUUUUCAAAGGCAGCUGUCCGGAGAUUAUGACCUUGCUAUUGAACUUGAAAGAAGACGCCUGUUUGAUCUGCAGCUCACCGCCAAGCAACCGAAACCACAAUCAUAUUUCAACUAUGGAAUGGAAGAAUUAAAAGUUCUCGAUGUUGCAGAUGAUCUCGACCAUCAUUCGACCAUUCCAAAGAGUGGCUUCGCGACUGAUCACGUAGCGAGGCAGACAUGUGACAAUUACAACAACAGAAAUAGUGACCAUAUAGAACUUCCAGACAGUCCAUUUGCUUCUCAUCUUGGAAGCGGCGUCUCCUCAAUCAUAUAGAGACUGACAACGACGAUACGUAAAUUUAGAUCACACGCCCACAACUGCUUUUACAUCUUUUUUUAUCUUCUCAAGCAUCGUCAUCCGGAGGAAGCUCUUUACCGAUCAGCAUCAAAGGCAGAAGCUUCCACCAGAGGAAGAUAACACAUGUGAUAGAAAGAAAAGCUACAUUAAAUAGGAAUCAAAUCAUCAAAAGACAAGCAUAUAUGAUGUGAUGCUCAGUAAUAGAUAACUGUAAGACGCUUAGUUAGUGCUCAUACAAUGUUGUUGACAUUUUACAUACUACAAUAGUUUGACCAAAAUUAUGCUUUCUCUA